AUGAGUAUUGCUAGGAGAGGUCAGGCGAGGCUAUCAGAGAGAGGGGAGACGAGAUCAGGAGAGAGAGAAUAUAGGGAGGCAAGAAGGCCUCGUAGACCGGAGAGAUCUGCUGGUCUUUAUUUUAGAGGCAGGGUGAGACAUAGUAGAGGUUUAGUGGGUCAGCCAGUUCAGUUUGCGCUUCAGGCUUUACUCAGUGAUUCAGGUAUUCAUUGGUCUCAGAGUACCAGUGCCGCACAGUCCCCACAGCCACGUGCGGCUUCGCUUCUGCGUGAGCCCGGACGCUUCUGUGGUCAUGCACGCCUGGGUAAAUUCUCCCUUCUACGGCUCUACUUUUCGCUCCUGCGGUGCGCUGAUGCGGUUAAUUUCAGCAGAUGCGGUCCCAGGCCAAGUAGCCAAAGUUCGCAUAUGCGGACUCCUUCUCGCAAAUGCGGCCCCGCAGAUGCGGUUUCUCGACCGCAGACGCGGAAGUCCUGGCGGAAUCCUUUUAUAUCGAGGAUGAAAGAAAUAGUAAGGAAUUACAACGUUGAGGCGAAGUGGAUUAUUGAAGGAUAUAUGCCACCUGUCUCUGAGUACUUGAGCAACGCAUUAAUAACUAGCACUUAUUACUUGUUAACUACAACGUCCUAUUUGGGCAUGAAAUCUGUUACCAAGAAGGAUUUUGAGUGGUUAGCAAAGAACCCUAAAAUUCUUGAAGCUAAUGUAACAUUAUGCAGAGUUAUUGAUGAUAUAGCGACGUAUAAGGUCGGAAAAAGUGGGGGUCAAAUUGCAACAGGAAUUGAGUGUUACAUGAGAGAUUAUGGUGUUUCUACAGAAGAAGCAAUGAAGAAAUUUCAAGAAAUGGCUGAAAUAGCAUUGAAGGAUGUAAAUGAAGGAAUUCUUAGACCAACUCCAGUCUCUACAGAGAUUUUAACUCGUAUUCUCAAUCUUGCUCGCAUGAUUGACGUCGCAUAUAAGAACAAUCAAAAUGGAUACACUCAUCCAGAGAAAUUCGUAAAGCCUCAUAUUAUUGCCCUACUUGUGGACUCCAUCAAAUUUUAAACUGCCAAUGUUGCUCAUGUUGAGAAAAC